CCGGCGUUCACACCGAUUCCCCGUCAGCAUCCGCCGACUUGCACUCCAAUCCACAGGCUACCGGCAAGCGAAGCACAAUCUAUCCGGGCAUUUUCUGGCAGCCAUGGUGAAGCUUGGCAGCAAUCUGUCUGAUAAGGUGGAGAAGCAGGCGUCUGUGGACGAUGGCUUCGAUAACAUCCCCCUCAUCACACCCCUGGAGGUCAGCCAGCUCCAGCAGCCGUUCCCAGACAAGGUGACGGUGAAGACCACGACGCAGUACCAGGUGCAACAGAAGAAGAAGAACAAGCUGCACAUGCCCAACGUCCGGAAGCUGAACAUCAACUUCUACAGCGACGUUUCGGAGAAAGCCAAGAUCACAGGUCUGAUCCUCAUCACCUUGGCCUUCCUGACAAGCCUGCUCCUCCUGCUCAUGUACAAGGCCAUGUGGUAUGACCAGCUCACUUGUCCCGAGGGCUUCAUCCUUAAGCAGAAGCACUGCACCCCAGCCGCUCUGGAGAUGUACUACACGGAGCAGCAGCAACAGGAGCCGGUGGUCCGUGGCAGCGCCAACGCCGGGCUGUACGCCACCCUCAGUCACCUCAGCCAGGUCAAGAGGACCGGACCUGAGCUGCCGUCGCCAUGGCUACCUGUCAUCAGCGCCCUGAAGGAGGCUGAGGCGGCCAAAAGAGGCAGCGAGCCCCUGAAAGAAGAGGAAUGA